AUGGCGUGUCGCCCCGAAAGAUCCGCCCGGACCGGCGUCUCUGGCGCUCUCCUCUCCGGUCGCCCCGUCGGCCAACUUCUCCCAUCACAGCCACCACUACUGAAGCUCCCCACCGAGCUUAUCGAACGCAUUGCCGAAGUCACCUCUCCGUCCGACCUGCUGUCCCUGCGGCUGGUUUCCCGCAAGAUCCAGAAGGAUGUUUUCCAAUGCUUCACCCGAAAAUGCAUUUCGGAGCGAUCGUGCUCGGUCCUGGAUCUCAACGGCCUACGCAAGCUCCAAUGCAUCGUCUUCGACCAUCACCUCUCGCGCUACGUUCGCUCACUCACUCUGCAUAUGCCAACAAGAUUCACUACCACUAUGCAAGGCACUGAUAGGAAGGAGUAUGCUCCCGACAUGAGGGAAGCGCUUCAAGAGGGCCCUGUCCAUCAGCUUCAGAUCGUUACUAUCCUGAGACAGCUCAAUAUGAUCGGACGUUGUUGGCUGUCUUUGAAUCUCACGAGCCGGAGACAGAUGUUGCAGCUGCCCUACAUUGUGGGAUCUGCCGGCGAUUGCACUUCCGACAAGAUGUCAACAUGGGAGCUGUGCUCGGCAUACCCUUUCGUGCAACCACCAUCGGUGCUAAUACCGUUCACACGAUUCGUUGGAAAUGAACCCAUUUCGGCAGGACUGGCUGGCGCAUCGAUGGCGUACUCCUCUGCCUAUCACGACUUUCUCGAAGCCGUAGUGAAUGGAGCAAGACACUGUAUCCACGACAUCAAAAUCGACGACCUGCGGACCAUCGACGUGCGGUUGUUAUUAUUGAACUUCGGCGGGACAGGCGAAGACAGCCCAGUCCAGUCAUUCGCCAGCCUCCAGACACUACAUCUCGUAUUGACCACUCUGGCCGAUGACUGGCAGGAUUCUACUCUGUCAGUUCCCCGGGCCUCGAGAUCGGCACUCUGGAAUUCCCAGCAUGCCAUGCUUGCUCUCGGCGCUCAAGCAAACACCUUCCAUCUGCAUGGCUCGGACACCAUGUACAACUCGCUGUACGACGUUCGCUGGCUGCCCGACGCAAUCUAUGUCACGGAUAUCUUGAUGUCCAGCGCAUUCCACAAUCUGACAACGUUGUGCCUCCACGGACUUCCUCUCAUACCCUGGAUCUUCAUCUCGGUCGCCCUUGAACACCGCGAUACAUUGCGGACAUUGAAACUGCAUGACAUUUUGCUUCAUGGGAGAUCCUGGAGAUUGGCCUUUAUGUAUCUUGGUUCACACUUCCAAGCUCUGGACAGCGUGUAUUUUGAAAAUCUUCGGGCUCAACGUGACCACCGACCUGACCAUGAGGGGGAGUUCUGUCCUCUGAUGUUCGACGGAGCAGCGCGUCAUUACCCAGUGGAAUCUUCUCCGGCAGUCCGCUAUUGUAUGCCACCUCGACCAGACGAUCAUGUGCUGCAAGUCCAGGGAGUACAGCUUGUAAAAGAAAUUUUGUGCAAGCUGGCUGUCGACGACAACUACUACUGCUAUCAUGACGACUGCAGCGAUUGCGCUCUCGACCACGUCGGAUUCGACCACGUCGGAUUAGACCCCAUUUGCGAAACCCUCGCCGACUUUCGGUCUUCGUUCGCGAUACCUGACGGCUCCGAUACGAGCGGGUACGGACAAUUCAUCUCCAGACACUGCCCCAGCUUUCCCGCGAACCUGAGAUCGAGGGUUCAACACUUCCUUGGGUUCCCUAUACCCGACUUCGGCCUACCUAUCGGUCAUGGAUCUAGGUUCUUGAUGUCCGGACUUCAGUACGGCUGGACCAUUUGAGUGAUGGGUGAUGGUUGCAUUGCUUCAUCUCAGCGACGAAGAUGGCUGACGCAUGCCGAGCGGUUUCUGUCGGGUUUGGGCUGGUCAAUACGCAAUAUUGUUUUUCUUUUUGGGCUAUAGGUGUUCAUGCGGCGCAUUUCAGGUAAUAAUGGAAUGGACACUUCCCUU